AAAAAAAAACAAAAAAAAACUUUGCGAUGGCGAUUGCGAUUAGGUUUAGGCUUGGAGAUGGUUUUUGACGACGGGCUUGAGAUGUUAUUUUUCGGUUCUCUGAUUGGUUUCACUUCUGUUGGUGGUUUUGAAUUUUCGGAAGGCUAAGGAAAUUGGGCUAUGGGGUUUUACGGUUUAUAGGAUUUGGGGAUCUGGUUUUUUAGGGGUUGCAGUUGAUGAUGGAGAUCCGCUUCUUUGGGAUACGGAUUUGGUCGAUUGGGUUAUUGAUUUCGUUGGCUUUUUGUUAGAUGGUUCAUGGAGUUAAUUUAUUAUGGUGGUAGAUUUGAUUUGUCGAAAGGUUAAGGGAUUAUGGGCUUAGGGGAUCUCGUGAUUGUUGUGUUUUUUUUCACUGAGGAGGAUCCGAUUCUUUGGGAUACAGAUUUGGUAUUGAGUUAUUACUUUUUUGCUAGUUGGAAAUGGGAUUUUCAAGUUGAGGAUUUUCACUUCUAUGGGAAAGAAGAUAUUCUCACAAUCAAGGAAUGCUGGUUUUAUGGAAGGGAGAUUGAUUCGUUUUUGUCUAUUGGUUUCAAGUGUGACUAUUCAAUAACCAUACUCCUCCCCCAUGCUAAAGUUAUGAAAACGUCUCCCCUAUACUGUUCUUUUACUAGAGGCUCAGCUUCUUGGUUCUGGUUGAUGCAGAGACAGAUUGAUGCAAUAUCUCAAACCUCUAGUGGCGGCUCACAAGAAGGUUUUGUUAUCUGCAGUGCGUCGGUCAAUGGCCCAACUCAAGGCAACAUCAGGGAGAACGGAGAAGCCAAUCCUGAAGCUGCGACUGAACCUCCAGAAAUGGCUGAUGUCCAUCAAAGUCAUCCCACUAAUGUGCCUCAUGAGUCUCAUGAGCCUGAAGAAGAUGAAGAUGCGGAGCUUGUGGACAGUGCCCUCUUCUGAAGAACUUGUUCUCCCACCUAUCUUUACUCAAUCUACCUAUUUAGAACUCUGUCUUUUCUCUGCUGGUUUAAAACUCUGUUUUUAUUUUCUGUUGAAACUUUGUUUUUUUUUUUUUUUCUGAAUCUUUUAAAAAUCUGUUUUUUUCCUGAAUGUUUAAAACUAAUCUUCUUCGGAGCUAUAUUUACAUACUUUAGCUUUUUAUACAUUUUGAA